AUGGCGGAGGCGGAGCUAGGAGCUUGGAAGGGGGCGGAGCCACGGAAAAACGCCGAGGAAAAAGGUGGGAGGAAGGAAACGGAAAGAAGACGGAGUUAUGGGUGUUCUAGUCUCCGCCUGCCGCCACUACAGUCAGAACUAGCGUCUGACGCGGAGGCUACGGCCGAGUUUCCCUUUGUGUACAGCAAAAUGGCAAGUGUUGAGAAAUUUCCUUUUCAUGUGCCACGUUUAGAAGAGCUUGCUGGAGUUCUACAGAAUGGACUUAAAAAUAAUUUUGCUGAUGUCCAGGUCUCCGUAGUUGAUUGCCCUGAUCUGUCUAAGGAACCAUAUACAUUUCCUGUUAAAGGAAUCUGUGGGAAACCGAGAAUUGCAGAAGUAGGUGGGGUUCCUUACCUCAUGCCUCUUGUGAAUCGAGAAAAGGUUUAUGAUAUGAAUACUGUUGCAAAGCAAAUUGAUCUUCCUGGGGCUUUUAUUCUUGGAGCAGGAGCAGCCCCAUUUCAGACUCUUGGGAUCAAUGCUGAGUUUAUGCCAAUUGUCCAGACUGAAAGUGAUCACAAGCCUGCUGUGAAUGGAAGCUACUUUGCCCAGAUUAACCCUGCAGAUGGAGGGUACCUGCUAGAGAAAUAUAGUGGGAAAUACAAUGACUUUGGAUUUGCCUUACUGGCUAAUCUCUUUGCUAGUGAAGGCCAGCCUGGCAAGGUCAUUGAAGUAAAAGCCAAAGGAAGAACUGGAAAGUACAAUUUUGUGACUUGUAUGAGACAAACUCUUGAAAAGCAUUAUGGAGAUAAACCUGUAGGGAUGGGAGGCACAUUUGUUGUUCAAAAAGGAAAAGUAAAGAUUCAUAUCAUGCCCCCAGAAUUUUCUUCUUGCCCACUGAACUCUGAUGAAGAUGUGAAUAAUUGGUUGCAUUUUUUUGAAAUCAAGGCUCCUUUGGUUUGUCAGCCAGUUUUUGUUUCUCGAGACCCGGGGUUUGAUUUACGAUUAGAGCAUACACACUGUUUUAGUCAUCAUGGAGAAGGAGGACACUAUCAUUAUGACACCACUCCAGAUACAGUGGAGUAUCUUGGGUAUUUCCUACCUGCUGAGGUUCUCUAUCGAAUUGAUAAACCAAAGGACACCCAUACAUUUGGGCGAGAUUAAUUCAAUCAGGAAAUAUUUUGCUGAGGCAGGGGAAUGAAUUAUGCUUUAAAAUGUACAAAUUUUUAAGUUUAUAAAUAGUGUUGCUCUGUAAUGCAAUCCAACAAAAAAUGACCCAGGAGCAACUCCUUUCUACUGUGUAAUGAUAGGAUAUAAUGAUCUCUUUUGUUUUAAUAUUUAACUUCCAUUAAAUACUCCUCCAUUUUAGCAAAAUUAAAAGAGGAAAAAAUUUGUGGUUGGGAAAUUCAGUUGCUUUUUGUUAAAGUGAUUAAUAUGCUUGUAACCUUAUUUAGGGUAUACAUCAGGAAUCAUGUGACUUCUUGUCUAAGAAUGAUAUAAAAUAUUGUAUCUCAAAAAAUGGUUUCAUAUCUAUUAUCUCAUUUAAUUCUGUUUAUUAAAUUAAAUAUUUCUAGGUAUUAGAAAUCAAAUGCCUCCAUUAUAAUACCUUGAAUAUAAUAGGCGCAUAGUAAAUGUUUAUUGUAUUGCAUUGAGAAUUAAGUUCUUUUAAAGAAAUAUAAUAUAGGGCACACCAGAAUUUUUUUUUACUUCCAAGAGAGGCUCAUGCAGUCUCUCAAAACUGCUUUCUAUUUGACAUUCAUAACCAGCAACUCCUAUGUUCACUGAGAAUCUAAGUGUGUUUGUUUUCAUUUAGAAAGCAAUUCUGUGAAUGUUUGCAAAAAGAGGGGGGGAGAAAAUACAAACAGAAUACUGAAAUGUUAAAAGUUUAUUUUACAAAUAUAAACUUUGCCAAACUAAAUUGCCAAGUAAUUUUAAUUUAAUUCCAUAAAUAUAUCUUAAGAUUUUCCUUUGUGUCAGGUUCUGAGGUAAGCACUGAGAAUAUAAAGACACAGAGCAAUUCCUGCCUUCUAUAAAUUUAUUGUUUUCUCCAGUGGGGUAGAACACAAUCAUUGGUCUUUGAUGGCUGCAAUUGUACUCUGCUGCAUUUCUUCCAAAAUCCAAAAUUAACCAAAGAAUUUUACUCUGAUUUGACAAAUUAUUUAGCAUUAUUCAGCUAUAGCCUCUAACAUGAUCAUAAGUACCUAGUAGAUAAUUCUACAUAGUAGAUACUUUGUGAUUUUAAUUUGUUCAGUUUCAUAAUCCUUACUGUGUCUAAUGGUUAUAAAUUCUUGAAUAAGAUAAUCUAUAUUUGAAACACAACAAAUAAAAUAUUUUAAAUCAGCAA